GAUUGCUCAGCCAAUCACAUUACUUCUUUGCGAACCCCUCCUCCCAGCCAAUGGGAUGUCGGGAAACACAGCUCGGGACUCAACAGCUUGUUGUUCGUGUAUCGCUUCGCAGCCCGAACGAGAGGCAAGCGUCGUCGAAUUGAUCCACAAGCUCUCGAGCUGGACUCCCUCAAAUAACAACAAAGAUGAAGGCAGCAGACGAGCCUGCCUACCUGACCGUGGGGACGGACGUGAGCGCCAAGUACAGAGGAGCAUUCUGCGAGGCCAAGAUCAAGACGGUGAAGAGGCUGGUGAAGGUAAAGGUGACUCUGAAAGGUGAAGGCGCAAGUCAGGUGGUCCACGACGACCAGGUCAAAGGUCCACUGAGGGUGGGCUCCAUUGUGGAGGUGAAGACUAACGAAGGUUCUUGUAGCGAGGCUGUCAUCGGUAAACUGACUGACGCCAGCCUCUACACUGUUGUGUUUGAUGACGGCGAUGAGAAAACGCUGCGCCGUACAUCUUUGUGUCUGAAGGGCGAGCGCCACUUUGCCGAGAGCGAGACUUUGGACCAGCUGCCGCUCACCAACCCGGAGCACUUCGGCACCCCGGUCAUCGGGAAGAAGUCCAACCGCAGCGGGCGGCGCUCCUCUUCGCAGGCGGCGGCCGACGAGGAGAACCUGUCUUCGUCCAGUGAGGACGAAGAGGAGGAUGACCACAGGAGACUGCACGACGAGCUGCUGGGGAAAGUUUGCAGCAUCAAGACGGAGAGCGAGCCUGGGUCCUGGUAUCUGGCUCUGGUGGUGUCUCCAAGCUGCAAUGAUGAGCUGCUGGUGAAGAAGGAUCAGUGUCUGCUCAGGUCCUUCCGUGACGGAAAGUUUCACACGGUAGCCAGGAGACACGUGCAUCCCGUCAACUCCAUAAACAUCAACAAGUCAGACCUUUCCCACAUACCUGGCUUUGUGGCGGCUCAGACGUUUGCCAGGCGCCGGACAGUCCCCGACGCUUGGAAGAUGGACAUGAGCCAGAUUCUGGAGUCCUCGUCCAGCGACGAGGAGGACAAAGGCAGCGAAGAGGAGGAGUUGGACGACGAGCAGGAGAACAGGAAGAAGCUCAUAAAGGAAGAGCCAGAGGAGGAGGCGGACCCAGAUGAGCGGGAUCACUUCCUGCAGCAACUGUACAAGUUCAUGGAGGACCGAGGGACGCCCAUCAACAAGCCUCCAGUUCUGGGUUACAAGGACUUGAAUCUGUUCAAACUCUUCCGCCUGGUCUACCAACACGGGGGCUGCCGCAAGAUUGAGAGCGGCACGGUGUGGAAGCAGGUCUACAUGGAUUUGGGCAUUCCUAUCCUCAACUCUGCUGCGUCCUACAACGUGAAGACGGCCUACAGGAAGUACUUGUACGGGUUUGAGGAGUACUGCCGUUCCGCCUGCAUCACCUUCAGGACUAUCCAUCACAACAACCCCCGCCCCCCGAAACUGCAGGGCAUUCUCAGGAUGACGAGGGCGGAGCACAGCUUGCCUGUUGUGAAGGUGGAGCCUGUAUCGGACAAAGGCGUGGAGGCGGAGUCAGAGAAUGAAAGUGACAAGGAGGAGCUGAAGGAGCGACAGACGUCGCCAAGGGGACGAAGGCGAUGUGGCGGUAUGGCGCCCAAGAUGGACACGCCCACCAGACCCGACAAGGCAGGAGAGGAAAGCAGUGACGAGCCAAGGAGGCGCAGCAGCCGACGCCUAGACGAGUCUGAGAGGGGCUCUGAUGAGGAGGAUGAUGAAGAAGAUGAGGAAGAUGAUGAAGAAGAAGAUGAUGAAGACGAGGAGGAGGAAGCGGAGAAUGAGCACGAGAGGAGGCGUGUCCACAGGGGCGGCGAGGAGGGCGAGGGCGAGGACGAAGACGACGACUCUGUAACAGGGACCAAGGUGCGGGUGAAAUACGGCCGAGGGAAAACGCAGAAGAUCUACGAGGCACACAUCAAGAAAACGGACACGGACAACGGCGAGCACUUCUAUCUGGUGCACUACUACGGCUGGAACGUCAGGUACGAUGAGUGGGUGAAGGCGGACCGCAUCCUCUGGCCCGCCGAGAAAGGAUCCAGAAAGAGGAGCAGGAAGAAGGAGGAUGUGGACGAGGCGACACUGAAACCCUCGGGAGCCAAACGAGGUCGUCCUCAGCUCAGGACCACGCCCCCCAAGAUGGCGAGCAGCGAGGAGCGGGCCAACGGCAAGGGCCUUCGUACGGAGUCCAACAUGGCCAACGGAGACAACGCCACGCGCGGCCGUAGGACCAGGAGGACGUCGGGCGUGUACGACUCAGAAGCCACGUCUAAUGCAGACGAUUCUGGGAAUUCAUCAGUAGAAAGUGAGCCGGAGGAGCCGCCUGACAAGAAGCUGUCGCCGUGGCAUGGGAGGCCCAUCGACAGCGCUCUCAAGGAGGAAACGGAGGAAGCGGAGUUAAGUCAGCAUCCCAGCACACCGCCAUGUCCCAGCGUGCCUCAAGAGGAUGCCAUAAAAGUUGUCAGCAAAACAGAAGAGGGAGAGGAGCCUCUAGAGGAAGUGGUCCCGCAGGACGAGGACUUGUCUGUGGCACAGGAAGUGGUACCCGAGACGCCGCCUACUGCACAGGAAGUGCCUGCCCACUCUUCCCCGCAGCCCGAGAAGGCCCCGGAGGUGUCCUCCCCUCCGCCUGGAGAGGUGGAAGUGGAAGAUGUCAAGUGUGCACCUUUGUCCCCUCCAAACCCCAAAGGGCACCGGGCCACCUGUGAGACUCCUCCCACCACCCCAUUCUGCCCCUCCCCCGUACCGCCUCGUGGCGUCCUGAAGAGACCUGAUGAGCCGAUGGUGGUCCUCCACUGUCUCCCUUUGCAGCACCUCCCCCCAGACCCACCCGCUGCCACCUCCGACACGGACUCUGCCAGCGAGGAGGAGGAGGAAGAAGAAGAGGAGGAAGAGGAAGGGCAGUCAGGCACCAAGGUCCACCCUGACAGAAAGCAGGAAGAGGUAAGCCCCGCCUCCCCCAAAUCUUCAGCUACGCCACCCAAGAUGUCCCCUGGAAGUCCUGCCAGACCCCUCCCAUCACCACUCCACCGCACCGAGGCAGAGGAGGAGGGGCCAGCUGGGAUGCCGCCGCAGUCUCCCAAGGCCCUUGGCCCCGGAGAGGAGCCGCAGAUGGGCCCUGACGCGCUGGUUUGUCACGAAGUGGACCUGGACGACCCGGACGACAAGGACAAGCCUGGCCCUCCCUUGGAGCCGCCCCAGCACCCCUUUCUCCCUGCCGGCCACCGCCCUGAGACCCCUGAGCCGGAGGUGGGCGGAGUCACCAAAGACGUGGACGCACACUCCACUCCCGAUGUGGAUGCAUCGCUGGAGACCAGAGGGCAGAAAAGGCUACCUGAGUGCGAUGCCAGCCCGUCGGCCAAAAAGCACAAGCGCAACCACAAGCGAGCCAACACGCCCGCCAAGGCGGACAAGAACGGCACAGGCCACAGCAGCGACAGCGAGGACCAGUCUGGUCUCUUGUCCAAGCCCAGCAAGUCUCCCACGCCACACACCAAAGACAAGCACGGUUCCUACAAGUGGACCUUCCAGCUCGACCAGCUGGACAACAUGACGAGCAGCCAGAGGAUCUCUUUCCUGCAGGAUAAGCUGCAGGAGAUCAGGAAGUACUACAUGAGCCUCAAGUCCGAAGUGGCGUCCAUCGACAGGCGCAGGAAGAGGCUAAAAAAGAAGGAGCGAGAAGUGUCCAACACCACGCCGUCCACCUCCUCAGUCUCCUCGGACACGGCCAUGAGCCCGUCCUCUGCCUCGCCCGCUCAGAGCACGGUGGCCGUGGAGUGCAGGUGAUGACACGCCCAUGCCCCUUUCCAGAGACACCACUGACUCUUAAAACAUGGCUGGCUUCUUGCCGGGGGGUCAAAGGUGAACAGCAGGAGCCAUUAUGCAAAUGAGAUAACUGCUUCUUCAACUACAAAGUUAAAAAAAAGUUUUUUUUUAGACUUUUUUAUGGAAUUACAACUUCUAUUUUGGUUAAAAAUAUGAAAUAUCAGUUUGUGUUCAACAUUUGGCAGACAAAAUGGUUCCUGACCUCAGCGCCACUCCACUUCCUGUUUUGUACAUAAGCCUUGUGCAGACCACCUUGUAAAGAUUUAUAGUAUUUUUAAGAGAACACUUUGUACGCGUUUGUUGCUGGGCCACUGACACACACCAUGUGGCCACAGCACUGGUUUCCAAUAAAGUUUUUAAAUUUCA